AUGGAGUUUGAUGGGCACUGGUACGCUGGGUACAGGCUGGCAAACGGCAGCACACGGUGUUUGGGGAGAGUGGAGCUUCGCCAUGGAGGUACCUGGGAAACCCUCUGUGACUCCCAGUGGGAUUUGCAGGCUGCCCACACCCUCUGCCAGCAGGAUGACUGUGGAUUCGCCCUGUCGAUUCCAGCAGGACAGCUCUUUGGCACAGGAGAUGGGUAUGUCUGGAACGGCACAUUUGGCUGUAAGAGGAACGAAUCCCGUCUGAGGGACUGUCCUGUUACUGCACUGGGCACAACUGAGUGUCCCCCUGGGAGCGAAGCCAGUGUGGUGUGUUCAGGGUGCCUGGGUGGCAGGUUAGUGAAUGGGACUGAGUGCUCCGGGAGAGUGGAGAUCCGACAUGGAGACACAUGGGGAAGCCUCUGUGCCUCUCACUGGGAUUUGCAAGAUGCCAACGUCCUCUGCCAUCAGCUGAACUGUGGUUAUGCCGAGUCGAUCCAGGGAGGAGCCCAUUUCGGGGAAGGGAACGGAACCAUAUGGAGCGACACUUUUCAUUGUGAAGGAACUGAAUCUUGCCUGUGGAAUUGUUCUCGCAUGGCCCUGGGCAACCCAGCCUGCUCCCCCCGAGACACGGCCAGGGUUAUUUGCUCAGGUCGUUCUGAAUCACUCAGACUGCUGAAUGGAGAGAGCCGAUGCAAUGGGACAGUUGAGAUUUCCCUCCAGGGUGUGUGGAGCAGAGUCCUGGAUGACCAGUGGCACAUGAACGAUGCCAGCGUGGUGUGUAGGCAGCUCCAGUGCGGAGUCGCUGAGAAAGCUUAUAACCCCCCUAAGUCUGAGCGAGGAACGGGCCCCGUGGGGCUGAGAAGAGUCCAGUGUUCAGGAAAUGAGACUCGUCUGACUCUCUGCAACAUCUCCGCAUUUGAGACAGCCCAGGCAGGAAUUCCUGAAGAUGUCGGUGUCAUUUGCUCAGGGAGCAGGCGGAUCAGACUGGUGAAUGGGACAUGUCGCUGUGCCGGGAGAGUGGAGAUUUAUUACAAUGGCAGCUGGGGGACAGUCUGUGAUGAUUUCUGGGAUCUGUCAGACUCCAAUGUCAUUUGCAGACAACUGGGAUGUGGACAUGCCCUCAAUGCAACUGUCUCUGCUCAUUAUGGGCAAGGAUCUGGGCAGAUCUGGCUGGAUGAUGUGAACUGCUCUGGGAAUGAAUCCGAACUUUGGGAGUGUCCUUCCAGAGGCUGGGGUCAGCACAACUGCAGACACAAAGAGGACGCGGGAGUUCUCUGCUCAGAAUUCACAGAUCUGAGGCUGGUGAGCGACAAUGACUGUGCUGGGCGGCUGGAGGUUUUCUACAAUGGGACGUGGGGCAGUGUUUGCUCCAAUGGGAUGCCUGGAGUCACUGCAGCAAUUGUCUGCAAACAGCUGAAGUGUGGGGACGGAGGGCAGAUUGCAAGAGACUUUGCAUAUGGAGAAGGUUCUGGUCCCACGUGGCUGGACCAUGUUGCAUGCAGUGAGCAGCACAGCUCCCUCUGGCAGUGCCCAUCAGGCAUGUGGAAACAGCAGUCCUGUGAUAACCGCGCAGAAGAGACCCAUAUUUCUUGCAGUGGAAAGAAAGACAAACCACCUCAGAUGCUGUUUGCAAAUGCCCAAACUCGACAAGCUGCACAGACCAGGAGAAAUUACGCGUCACGGGAGGAGAGGACGGAUGCUCGGGGAGAGUGGAGGUUUGGUACCGUGGCUCCUGGGGAACAGUUUGUGAUGACUCCUGGGACAUGGCAGAUGCCAAAGUUGUGUGUAAACAACUGGGCUGUGGAUCUGCUGUACCAGUCCCAGGCGAGGCUGCAUUCGGUGAGGGGACUGGUCCCAUAUGGGUAGAAACAUUGAAUUGCCGAGGGACAGAGUCAUCUCUCUGGGACUGUCCUGCCAAGCCCUGGGGUGAGAGCAAUUGUGGUCAU